GUCAAGCACUCUUGUAUUGACAGGUACAAUUUCUAUUCAAGGGUUUUGCCAAAUGGUGACUCUUAAAAGGGCUCUUCGCCAGAUCUGUGCUUUCAAUUUUCAGUACCCAGCCCUCUAUUAUUUUGCUACUACCUAGUUCGACCAGCCUACGCUCCCACAACAACCCCAGCGCAGUGCCCACUGAACCCGACCAUGCCUACAUUCCGCAGUCAGGAUAUCCCCAAUCUCCACGGCCAGGUCAUCAUAGUCACCGGAGGCAACGUAGGCCUCGGUUAUGAAACCAUCCGCCAGCUCAGCGAGCAUGACCCGGCCUGUAUCUACCUGGCUGCUCGAUCGCAAGUCAAGGCCGAACGAGCCAUUGCAGACCUCAAGCAGAGCAACCCCAAUUUCACCAACAUCCGUUUCCUACAACUCGAUCUCGCAUCGUUUGCCAGCGUCAAAUCCGCAGCCACAGAAUUCCUCAGCCAACAGUCCCGCUUGGACAUCCUCGUCAACAACGCCGGCAUCAUGAUGACCCCCGAAGGUCUCACCACCGACGGGUACGAAAUCCAGUUCGGAACUAAUGUCCUCGGCCCAGCACUAUUCACGCAGCUCCUCCUCCCGGUUCUGCGCCAGACCGCAAAACUAAAUCCCCAGGCCCGCAUGGUCAUGCUCUCUUCUGCCGCUCACACCCGCGCCCCCAGCGAUGUGUACAAGUUCGACGAGCUGCGCACGACCGCCCCCGACCGACAUACCACGGAGCGAUACACGACGUCCAAGCUGGCCAAUCUCCACUAUGCGAAGGCGUUGGCGGAGAGAGAAUCGGAAUGCAAGAUCAUUCCGGUCCACCCCGGUAUGGUAGCGACGAAUCUCCACCAUGCCUCCACGGGUACUUUCCUCAAGCCGUUCCUGAAUGUCGCUGUCUGUCUGGCUGCCACGCCUGUCGAAAAGGGCGCCCUUUCGCAGAUCUUCGCGGCCGUGAGCCCCGACGCGGAACAUGGAAAAUACUAUGGGCCUAUUGGCAAGGUGGAAUCGGGCUCGAAACUCGCUCAGAAUCAUGCUCUUCAGGAGGAAUUGUUCAGCUGGGUUCAGGGCGAGUUGGCGGGACAUGUCGAGGCGGUUUUGUAGAGGAGGUAUGUUUUUGUUUGUGUGUAGUUAGUCACGUUGCUUUUAUUUGGUAGUGUAUCUUUGCAUAAUUCUCUAAUCUGCUUCCUCGAUCACAAGGA